CAGAGACACAACAGUGCUCGGGAAGGCUUGAAAGUGCCUUGGAACAUAUGCGGCGUCGAAGUAGCCAACCAAAAGGGAGAUCCUUCGAUGAAACACCUUAUUCGAUUUAUCAAUCUAUUUAUGGGAAUAACAAGGAAGACGAUGAAUACCGUGACGAUGGUGGAUCACGAAGUAAGCUCUUCGAUCGUUCACAGAAGCACUCACUGUUAGAUGGUGACUUUGACCCUAAAAAUAGGCAACCUCACAGUUUGCCGGUGUCAAGGGUCGAUGUGGAGGAUAUGAAAGUUCGUUUACCGCAGAAAGCUGCAAGAUGGGUGGAGGUGGACAAGUGUAGAUUUAGUACCGUUAAUCGAACUUUGGAUACGAGGCUUAUAUUUCCCGACUUGACUAUCAGUGGAAAGGUUGUCCUCUAUCCGACAGGUGGGAAGUGUAAUAUGAUAUUGAGGCUAAGACACGCGGGUAUUGAAUUUCGAACUGUCCCAAUGGCGGGUUUGGAUGAGUCCCGGAAUAGCAGACCAGUAGCUUCUGUGAGAACGGAUUCGCACUUUGCUGAACCGGGUUUUAUUUCGGUAUUUGCACAUGGCUGUCAAGGUCCAACGGGUAUCAAGCUGCGACAGAAUUCAAAGAGGCGAUUUGGAUUCGGAGACAACGAAGGUCCUUCUCCAGAAAUGUAUCCUGAUGCAAAUAAUCAACGAAGAUGGGGAAAGUUUUACAAUCCUUAUCGACCACCUUAUGACCCCAGGGAUCAAGAUCCAACCUACAAUAGAAGACGGUAUACUCGACAAGCACCUUCGGAAGGACAUUUCGAGGAUCUUGUACAAUUUGAAGAUGAUAUUUUCAACUUUAACGAUAAUUUGAAUGAAUUGCAGUCAGAUGCAAGAGCUUUUGCAGACAUUUUCACAGAGAAUUUGAAUUUGGAAAGAAGUAAUCCAUCAAAAUGGCUCAAUGUAGCUGAAUUUGGUAGCUCUACAAAUACAAAUAGCGACGAUAGUAUUAAUAAUGCUUUAACCAAGGAACUGGAAACACUUUUCUCCAUGGGAGUUAAAGGUUUGCUAACAAAAUAUAUGCAGAGGGCGCUGCAGCCAGCAAUUAAGGAAACUCUAAUGGAAAAUAUGGGUUACACGUUAAGUUAUGGUUAA